CUGGCAAUUUAGUCGUGGCAAGAUGUUGCCGUGGGUUUUCUUAACGUGUGCCUUGGUCCAGGGCUUGCAUGGACUAAGUGUGCAUUUGCCAGAAGACACGGUACCUGUGUCGUAUGACUUGACAAUAGCGCCGGAUUUUGACAGAGGCAACGGCACUUUCGCCGGCACCGUGGACAUUGUGAUACUGGUAAAAUCGUUUACUUCGGUGAUCGUUUUGAACUCGAAAGAUCUGGACAUCACGUCGAUCCAAGUGACGGAUCGGGAUGACCGACAAGAAAUCAAAGUGAACGAUUGGAUUUAUCUGGUAAAUCCGCAAGAGCAAAUCAGAAUUAAAACCAACACCACGCUAGAGGCCGAGAACAAAUACAAGUUGUCCGUGAAGUUCAACGGAUAUCUCAGAAACGACAUGACCGGUUUUUACAAAAGUUCAUACCUCAUAAACUCCACAAGACAGUGGGUGGCUGCAACACAGUUUAAAGCUACCUACGCGAGAAGCGCAUUUCCUUGCUACGACGAUCCAAGGUUUAAGACCCCAUUUAAUGUAACAGUGGGUAUAAAGGGAAAUCAAAUCGCAUUGUGUAAUAUGCCAGAAUGGUACAAAUCAUACGACGACGAAUACACUUGGGUACACUUUCAAACGACACCGCCCUUAUCGUCGUACUUGGUGGCAUUUGUGGUCGGCGACUUCAGCCACCUCCCUACUAACGCUGCUAAUGUUAAAGUGUACGCACAUCCCGAGUUUGUCGAUCAGACUAAAUACGCUUCAGUGGCAGCGCCGUUGUUGCUCGAAGCCAUGGAAAACUAUACCGGUGUACAAUUUGGAACCCCGAAAAUAGAUUUGAUAGCCAUUCCGAAUGUCCAAUUUAAGGAAACCGGCGGCGGCUUUGGCUUGAACAUCUACCAGGAAAGUUCGGCUCUGGUCGACGAAGCGUCCAACACCCAAGCUAUAGUUUCGGCGACCAAAGUCAUGCAACAUCAGAUAUCGCAUCAAUGGUUUAGCGGUAUGGUAACACCCAACACGUGGGAAGACUUGUGGAUAAACGAAGGGUUCCCCACGUUUUUCUCUUACUUUGUUGCCGCCAAGGUGGAACCCAAUUGGUGUUUAGACGGUUUUUUCGUAGUGUACCAACACCAACCGGCUUUGGAAUACGACCAGGUGCCUAGAGACUCCAUGUCGAGAACAGUAAGCACUCCCGAAGAAAUCAACGGCAUACCCUGGAGGUUGUCGCAUAGCAAAAGCAGUGCAGUCUUGAGAAUGUUACACGAUUACAUCGGAGAGAAUGUGUUUAAGAACGCAUUGUUCCAUUACAUAAGCAAAUACAAGUAUCAAGUAGUGAGCCAACAUGAUUUGUGGAAUGCGUUUGAAAGCGCAUUGGCCGGUGCAAACCAAAGCCUCUUCGAAGAUGAACCACUACACGUUGUCAUGGACUCGUGGACUGAACAAUGCGGUUAUCCAGUGAUCAACGUGGUACAAAACGAAAACUCAUUUGUCGUGACCCAAGAACGGUUUUUGAUUCAACCUCUCGGCACGUCCGACAUUGCAUCGUUCGAGUGCCGCAUUAAAACGGGAAAAUGGUACAUCGGCCUCACCCACACGACGGACAAAAGCCAAAAUUUUUUAAAUCUAAACCCGACCACGUGGCUUAAACCGUCCAUGAACAGAACCGUGAUACCGGCCCCGGACUACUACAAAUGGUUUAUUUUCAAUUUACAAUCAUCCGGAUUUUACAGGGUAAACUACGACAAACCAAACUGGAUGGCACUGAUAAAGCAAUUGAACAGUUCUCCAGAAGCCGUUCACGUGCUGAACAGAGCGCAACUUAUAGACGACGCGUUUAAUCUUGCCAGGGCGGGAAAACUAAGUUACUCGGUGCCUGUGAAAUUGUCCACAUAUCUGGGAAACGAAGACGACGUCAUGCCGUGGUAUUCUGCCAUGAACUGCUUUACAUUCAUUUUGGAACGGAUGAGACCAAGCACCGGAUAUAACAGAAUCAAGGCGUACGUUAGUAAUUUGGCAGAAACCAUUUACAAAAAAGUAGAGAGUUUAGUGACGGUAAAGAAAAAUAAAAAACAAUCGGUUUAUGUCAGCUGGAAUAUAUUUUCUGUGUGGGCUUGCAAAUUAGAUAAUGCGUACUGUAAACAAUCUGUAUUGAAAUAUUUCCAGCUAUGGUUAAGUGGCAAAAGUAUACCGGCUGACAUUAAAGAUGCAGCCUUCUGUAUCGGACUGCAGAACAGUAACACGUCAGAAAAUUGGGAAAAGUUAUUAAACUUGUACAAAACCACCAAAUCAGCGGCAGAAAGGCAGUCUGCAUUAAUGUCCUUAGCGUGCACCGAAGACUCGGAUCUACUCAAAAAGUUUUUAAAUUUUAUAUUUGAUGAUCAAGAACCAAUACGACCUCAAGAUUUUAAGAUGGUUUUUACUUCGGUGGCCACAACACCUCGAGGUUUAAAUAUUUUGAUAGAUUUUCUUCGCGAAAAUGUGAACAAAAUCUAUAACGAGAUGCCAGACGGAUUGAAUAUAGCCAAAGACAUUCUUUCGAUAUUGGCUUCUAAAGUGGCAAUGAAAGAAGAAAUCGAUAAGGUGGGAGAACUAAGAGUUAGCAUAACCGAAUCAUAUUUGCUAAAGACGAUCUUCAGAUCAUUAUGCGAUUAUAUUGUGGACAACCAAAAUUGGUAUGAUAGAUAUUCCGAAUCUAUAAAUAAAAAAUCGAAUCAGUCGCUGCCGGGAUUUGCAACAAAAAUGAUGAUUUCAUACACCCAGAGUUUGUUUUUCAUUUGGGCAGCCAAUAGUUUUUUACUUGGAAAUGCAGGACCCUUUGGGGCUAUGGACGUCUACCGGUUACCGGACCACACGAAACCGGAGUCGUACGCUUUGCGAAUGACGCCCAUGGUAGACCCUGACAACAACAGAUUUAGCUUUUCCGGCCAAGUCGAAAUCGUCAUCGCGGUGAAACUUUACACUUACACUGUAGUGCUGAACUCUGACGAUCUCGACGUGUCGGAUGUUUCCGAAUUUCAAGAUUUGAAAUCCCAACGUUUUGUGCCGGUCAAGAGCUUCGCGUCGGUACAAAGAAAUCAACAGCUUGUGAUCACGCUGCAGACAGCUCUGUUGGCAAAAAGGCGGUAUAGAUUCACGGUCAAAUUCAGCGGAAUCCUCAGGAAUGAUUUCACAGGAUUCCACAGGGAAUCGUACAACACCAAAGACAACGCCAGGUGGAUAGCCGUGACUCGUUUCAAGCCUGCUCACACCAGAAGAGCGUUCCCGUGUUACGACGAACCUAUUUUCAAAUCGACCUUUGCCAUUUCUAUUGCAAGACAACCCGGCCAUUUGGCUCUGUCCAACAUGCCUCUAGAUCUCAGCCAAUUCGACAACGAUACCGGUUUGAUUUGGGACCAUUUCGAGGUUACAAAACCUAUGCCGACACACAUGGUGGCGUUUAUGGUGUCGGAUUUCGAAAAGUCGGUAAACGGAAUGAUAACCAUGUACGCGCGCAAAGAAAUCAUUAGCCAUACGGGUUACAUGGUGGACAAAGCGCCGGAGCUGCUGCGGUUCAUGGAAGAUUACACUCGGAUACCUUACAUGUUACCCAAGUUGGAUAUGGUGAGCGUCCCGAAAACCAACAUCGACAACGUCGAAAACUGGGGCUUGAAUUCCUACGGGGAAUUGCACACGUCACUGUCGAACGAUUCCCAAACGGAAGACAAACUAUUAGGCACGAUGGUCCUACAACGAGAGAUUUCGCGACAAUGGUUUGGUAACUUGGUAACGUGCUCUUGGUGGGACUACGCGUGGUUGAACGAGGGAAUCGGUCAUUAUAUGAAGUAUUACGCCACGUCCAUGAUUGAACCAGAAUGGGAAUUGGAAGGGAUGUUCGUCUCAAAAGUCCAUCAGCGAGCGUUGGCCUGGGACGAAUACGCGGAUUCACACAAGUUGACAGUCGCCGUCCAAGACCCGGAGCAAAUUGAAGACGUUUUCGAUUGUCUGUCGUACAACAAAGGCGCAGCGUUAUUCAGAAUGCUAAAACACACGGUUGGCGACGACCAGUUUCGUGCAUCGCUGAUCGACUACCUCGACAGUUACUCAUACGGCGUAGCGGCACCCCACGAUCUGUGGUCGUCGUUUGAUAACGUCCGAUUUGAUUCCGGAAACGAUUCCGGAAAUGACGUGACGGUCAACGAUACCAUGUACUUGUGGUCCGAACAAGCUGGAUAUCCGUUGAUCACCGUAGUCUCGUCGAACAACUCCGUCGUCAUUAGCCAAAAAAGAUUUUACGCUUCGGAUCCUGAAGAAGUUGACGAUACAAAGUGGUUCGUUGGCUUGACCUUCACGACGGAAAAGGAUCAGCGUUUCGACCAACUCGCACCGACCGUCUGGCUGAAACCAACCCAAGAAAAUGCUGUAAUACCGUUACACAGUGACUCUGGAUGGAUGAUUUUCAACCUACAGUCGACUGGCUACUACAGAGUAAACUAUGACGAGAAUAACUGGAAACUGUUGUUGAUCCAGCUGAUGACGGAUCCCGAAAAAAUACACCCAUUGAAUAGAGCUCAGAUUAUAGACGAUGCUCAUCACCUGGCAAGGGCUAACAUAAUUCCGUAUACUUAUUAUUUUUCAUUGCUCGAAUACCUUAUGAUGGAAGAUCAUGUGGUUCCAUGGAAUUCGGCCGUGAAUGGAUUGGAGUCCACCAUGAACGCAAUGAGGUCGUUUCCCAAUGAGUACAAAAAGCUAAACAGCUAUGCAAUUAAUUUAUCGGGAAUAGCCUUUAAAAAGUUGGAUACCCGAAAAAAUAUCAAUCAAAUUGAUGAUAACUCAAAUAAAUUCGGUUGGCACGUGCUAUCGGCUUGGGCUUGUAAACUUGGAAAUCAAGUUUGUGUGGAAUCAGCGUUAAAAUAUUUCAAUGCGUGGGAAAAUGGACACGAUAUACCGUCGGAGAUGAAAGAAGCUAGUUUUUGUGUUGGAAUUCGAAAAGGAAAUGAAUUCACGUGGACCAAGUUGUUAGAGUUUUACAAAAAAUCUCAAUCUGUAUUCGAUAAAAACGCCGUUUUGAGAGCAUUGUCGUGCACGGAAAAUGAACGUUUAUUAUUGAAGUACAUUGGUUUUGUGUUAAUGAAACCCCGAGAAAUCCACGAUCAUGAAACUGCACUCAAAUCGUUGGUGUCAACCGGUCGAGGAGUGGGUGUAUUGUUGGAGUGCUUUUACCGACUAUUUAAAACAAUCAUAGAGUCAGACAUUAGCCGACAGAUAGCCGUUUCCGCUUACUCGGCUUUAGCUUCUAAAGUGGUGUUGUCUAAUGAAGUCCACUGGAUGGAUAAAAUCAGACGGUCGGCACCCGCGGACAUGAGGGCAUUGUACGAUCAAGAGUAUAGUAAAAUCCAAACAAAUUUGGCCUGGUCGGGACGUGAUGGCGAAAAAAUUGACAAGGCUCUAGGAGGCAGACCAAAUAUUAUAUUGUAUUAGAAUUGUAAUUAUUUUUAAAAACAAUUUUUUAUUUCUUUUGUUGAUCGUGAUCGUUUAUUUUUAAAUAUUUUUUUUUAUCGAAUAUUUUUACCUUGUAUUUUUGUUUUGUUUAAUAAAGUGUAUUGACUUUGAA